CAAGCCAAGGCUGAAGCUUGUUGAUUCGUUAAAAUCUAAUCUUUAAUCGUUAAUCGUCAAUCGCCAAUCGUUAGUGUAAUUUGGCCUUUUUACGAAAAGUGAGUGUGGCCAGCUUAAUAUAUAUCACAACCAAUCACGACUCGAUUUUGUUUAUGAUUACGGAUACGGAUAUGUUUACAGACUGUUGGACCCACAGCUUUAUACUCGCGAAAUAUCUAUAAAUUGAAACCUUCAAACUAUAAAAUGAACGAUAUUAUUAUUAUCAUUUUAACAAAAAUUAUAGUUUGAGAGAAUGAAGGAAAAUGAUCCUUUAAUUUUCAUACGUAAAAAAAUGCUUUAUAUGUCUAUAUGUUAAACUUAUAUUUUUUUAUUAACUUAAAAUUACAACUUUCUUAAACCUUUUGCUAAAAAAGAAAAAGUGUUUUAGCAUAUAUUUUCUACAUUAGUACAGAAAGUUCAGGUAAAGAGGACAAGUGAACAGCACUUUGUGUAUUUUCGCACGGCCGCUUAACCUCUAUAUGAGUGUUAUGUGACAUUUCGAUUGUUGAGAUCAAUCGUAUAUUAUUAGUCAAAAUGCAAGGUGCACGUGCUCUUCUCACAUGUGUGCAAAUAUAUAGAUAUAUCAGUUCGUCCAGCGUGAAUUGUACUUUCUCUAGAGAAGGUAGAUUUAUGAUGAAGAUUAUGCAGAAGGGUAAUAAAUCAAAGAAAAAAUGGUACGAUCACAGCACAAGUUUUCAUAACCCCAUGGAGUUGUCUAAGUCAGCCAGAUCACCAUCUAAUCAUACAGUACGCAGAAUGACUAUACGGAAUAAACUUUUUAUGGAGCAUAUAACAGACCAAAUAUCAAUGGGAGCAGCAUCCAACAUUAUUAAUGGAACCAUUGAAAUUACUCAUGUGGAAAUAACUCCAGAUUUCACACGUGUCAAUGUAUUUUGGAAUCCUACUAGUGACACACCUAUUAGCCAGGAAGCGUUGCAGAAGUGUGGCUGGAUUAUUCGACAUGAAUUAUCACAGCUUAGGGUCAUAGGUGUGGUGCCUCUUAUCCAGUUUGUGGAAAACAAGAAAAAUUUAACACAAAAUGAGAUAAAAAAAAGAUUUGUAGCGAUAGAAUCUGAUAUCAAAGACUUUGAAAUUUUGUCAUAUUCUGAACAAAUGGAAUUAGCUACAUCACAUAUUGAUCAAGCUUCACAUGAAGACUCAAUAAUAAGUAAUGAUUCUGAAUCAGAACCUGACAUAAAAUUACCAGUCAUGAGACAAGAUGUACUAGGAUUAGAUCAUUCUAAAAUUAUGACUCAGAUCACUAUCUCAAUGUUUAAAUCAAGAACAGCUACACAAAGAAGGAUGUUGGAUAUGGAUUCUAAUACAGAUAAGAAUCCAUGUGAUGUUGUUUCUGAUCAAGUUGCCGAAUUCUUGACAAAGAGUGAACAAAGAGAGCUUUUCAGAGAUUUCCUCAAGAAAAGACAGUUAGAAGAAAAACGCAAGUAUCGUGCGAGACAACCGCGCAAUCAGCAGUUGGAUUAUUCUGAAGAAGAAAUGGAUUGCGAGGAAGAAGAUAACAAUAACAAAUAUGACUUUGAAGAUGAACACAUGACUGCUUAUGACGACUUCGAGCAUAAGAGGUAAUGAUCUUCGGAAGAUCUUUCUUGAAAUAAAUUUAUUGUUCAAUAUAAAUAUAAUACUAAAAAAACUGAUUUUUUAUAUACGUAUAAUAAAUAAUUUAUUAUUAGUGAACUAUAUUGAAGCAAUAUACACAAGUUCUUGCAUCGUGCAUGUGCGCGCGUCGCGAAUGAAUACGUGUGACAUAAUCAAUUAUUAACAAAAACAUUGUACAAUCACUAGUUUCUGACCAUCAAUAUAAUUUGUAUUAAUAAAAUUAAAACUGUACAUAUAAUAUACAAACUAUCAUAUAAUUACUUUGCACUUGGUAAAAGCUCUUGAUUUUUUUGGCUUUCAUUUCUUAGCCGAUUGUACAAGGUGUCUGAUGCAAUGCGUACGUCCACACGUGUACAUGCGCUGCAUAAUAGCUUUGCAUCACAGAUAUCCUGUGUAUUAAUCGUUAAUUAUAUAGGAUACAAAUGAGUUACGAUUAUGGCAAGAUCAUAUCCUAUUACUCUAACUACUUUUCGCGCAUUUGCAGUGAUACAUCGUUAUAAUUUCCAUGAUUUGAAGAAAUAAAAUCAAUUUUUGCAAGUU